AUGCCGGCAGCAAGCAAGGACGCACCAGACGGUGCUAGAGUGGUAGCGUGCAUCCAAGACUUCUUUGAGCGGUAUGCGGGAGACGUAGGGUAAGUCUUGCUGGAGCAAGGACAGUGGGUGCGAAGAGAGAGGCUGAAAGGCUGUACGCCUGCAUGCUGCGUUCUAGUCAACUGACACGCAACAUCAUUCAGCAACAUGUGGUCGAGGAAUUGAAACUCGAAAGCAAGAACACGCUAGCUCCUCACAAGCAGCUUGUAAAGGAUACGAUUGAAGAAUGCGUGGUGAGGUAUUCUCAAGAGUGUAUUUAGCAACGAGAAUUUUUGGGUGCGCUCCGUCUAGAGACGGAAGUCUCGGGGACGAAGGUUGCUGGCUAGGAUUCCAUGCUCGUAGUCUCGCCUGAAGGUGAGGUGAGCGAAGCUGACUGUGUACCUUUGUCCAUGUUCUCCUGUACGUUGGGUGGUAAGUUCGAGACUAGCAAUGGGGAAAGGGUCGUCAAGCAGAAGAAGGACUCUGCCACUCCAUCCAAGCAGGUCGGAGGGUCGGAGGCUGGUGCUGCUCCUGCGGUCAAGGCAACAUCUGGAUCGUCGGGGAUCAAAGAGGCCAAGCAGGCCGAUGGCGCGCGAUCAGAAUCGGAGGAGUUGGUAAGUCUAUGCGGCGCAGUCGAGGGCGUCAAGGAGACGUCUGUCUACUGAAAUUCUAUUCGGCCGUGCGCGCUGCAUGCAGUCCGAAGCAGAAGAUCGGGAGCAAAGCGAGAGAUCUACGGAUGCGGAGGACUUGCUUGAUGAUGAUGAAAUAUCCGAGAAGAAGAGCAAGCGCAAGAUUGGCGGUGUAUCGAAGGACAGAGGUGCCAUGAAGAAGAGGCGGAGGUCGAAAGGCGAGACACCCGGAACGGAUAAGGUGAGAAGCGCUCUGAUGCAGCUGUGCGCUCAGAGGUUCUGUCGUUCAUUAGAGAGUGCGCGAAGAAUUCCGACAAGAUUGCAGAGGUCAAACGUUUGCAAUCAUACGUGCUUGCUUGUGGUGCGUCGAAAUCGAGCUCGAUAUCCGCCUCAGAGGAAUCUGCUCACGCUCAAGCAUAUAAUCUCCUUAGGAGUUCGAAAACAAUGGAAGCGAGUAUUCGAAGCGGAGGGAUGCGGGGGUGACAACGAUUCCGAUCUUGCGCGGCAAUGCAAAGUCGUUCGGAGCAUCCUCGAAGAGCUUGGCAUGGUGAGCAGACUACUUCGUUGCUGGCUGUGAUGGCAGAUUGCAACUAAAACGCCUCGCCUGUCUGCUCAGCCGGGCCGCCUGUCCAUGGAGAGAGCGAAGAAGAUCCGCGAAGAGGUGAGAUAAGAACGAGCCAUGUCCAGACGCUCGGUGAUCUGAUCUCAAUCCCCUCGCUGCACCAGCGCGAGUUUAAAGCAGAGUUGGAGGCGCUUCAAGGCAACACCGAUUUGUCGGGCACGACACGAAGCGGUAGCAAACGAGGACGCGGAGCAAAACGGGCCGGAAGCGAUGGAGCGAGCGAUGCGGAGGAGGAGGAUGGACCAAAGCUAGCGCCGCGAGUGAGUCCAAAUUUGCGCGAGCGCGAAAGGUAGCUUAAGAGUUCAGACUGUCUGUUCUUUCUUGUUCCAGCGCAAGGUCAGCUCGAUGCUGGCCGAUUUCGCUGCUGAACUCAAUGACGACUAG